AAGCACCAGCAUGCGGGCGAGUGAAAGCAGGUUUGGGAAUUCCCGAUGCUCGACGAGCGCUCGGGCUGGCAUGGGCUGCUGCGUGCGUUCGUAGACGGCGCCGUCGCUUUCACUGCUACCCGUGGAUGCACGCUGGCUGCCGUCGCUGCGUCGUGUCUGUUGCAGGAGUUACGGGGGGGCGUCGACUGCGGAUGGACGCGUGCUGUUGCUGCUGUUUAGCCUGCGGACGUAGUUGAUUUGCCCGCGCGUCGCGCUUGGACGUCGAGAUCGACUCGCCUCCUGUCGGAUCGCCGAUCCACGUCGCGAAGAGGCAGCGAUGGACCGCCCAAGAGGCGUCCAGGUGGUUCGACUGCCCCAGCUUCUCAUCGCAGCAGCGCUGCUGUCGAUUGGAUUCUCGGAGACCGUCACGCAGCCCACCCAUGAGGACCUCCGCGAGAGCAUCAACUCUCCGAUGCCGUACGGCUUCAAGUACGAGGCGUACGGCGACGACGGCGGAGGCCACACGCGCGAGGAGUCGGCCGACGGCAGCGGCCGCGUGGUCGGCUCGUACACCAUCUUUAGCCCGGAGGGCUAUCUCAGGCGCGUCUUCUACGAGGCCGACGAGAACGGGUUCCGCGCCCGCGUCGAGACCAACGAACCAGGCACCAAGACGUCCAACCCGGCCGACGUCACCAUCGUGUCCACGGCCUCCGGCGGGCCAGUCGGCGGCGGACCAGUCGGCGGCGGUGGCGGUACCCGGGACACACCCCUGCCCGGUGCAGCCACAACGCGGCCCGUCAAGACCACGUCACCGGCUGCCGGGGGCACGACCAACGAAGUGCCUGAAACGACCACCGGUCUGCCUCCCGGAUACGUACUCCCUGAACGUUACCGACCCAACGCAUCCAGACGGCCCUCCGGCGCCGAACUGCUGACAUCGCGGAUCUUGACCUUAGACCAGCCAGUCGACGGGGACCAGGUCUACCCGGGACGCCCCGGGUUUGAGUCGGACACGAACGCCCUGAAUCCGCCACCGCCGGGCAUUCACACGGGAUCUCCACCUGCUGGAAUCGUGCCCGUAGGUCCCGUCCAGGUGACUCGUGUUCCAUCACGGCCUGGAGCGGCUCGGGGCCCCAGGCCUCGCCCUCACAUCAACUACGCGCCUUCUAAAGACGCUUUCGGGCAAUUCGAUGGUGGCGUCGCACAGAGUGGUGGGCCAUAUCGCCCUUCGUUCGAAGGAUCAUUUAGGAUACCAGCUGGUUCGACUGGCGGCAUAUUUUCACCUUCCCAAGUGGCGCCUAAAAGUGGCGUUUCCGGACCUCAAGAUCUUGGCCCAUCUGCAGGUCACGGUGGUGGGGUUGAAGACGGUAGCUCGGGUCUCGGCUCGAAGCCGGCUUUCCCCAACGCAGGCGCACCGCAAGGUGCAGGACCACAUGAUUUCGGACCCCGUAGGCCUUCGCCCAAAUACCCGGGCGUGUUCCGCGGAGAUUUCGGUACAGGACAGAGUGGGCCGUCUGGUCCAGCCUCUCAAGGCGGGGCCGGGCAACAAGGUCAGCCCCCCGCGCUCGGGGCUCCGCUGUUCACGCGCGUCACGCAAGACUCUGGAAAGUUCCCCGGGCGAGUAGACUAUGGCUCCCAGCCAGGAUUCUCCGGACCGGUUCAACCAGGGGUUCCAGGUGCGCCCGGCGUCUUCGCGGGACCGGCUGGGGGAGCAAGACCGUCUUUUGGUGGUAGAGCGCCCUUCGGAGGUCCACGCUUUGGUCCCGGUGGCAGCUUUGCAGGAGUUCCUGUAAACCAGUUUGGUGGUGACGAACCUGGUGAUGAGCGCUUCUAUGGCCCAGGACAACCAUCGUUUGCAGGUGGUCAAGUGAGCAACCAAGGAUCUCCACUUGGAGCAGGAGGUGUCAUUGGAGCUGAUGUUGAUGGUGGAAAUAGCGCCGACUCAAGUAACGAGGACGGAUUCGCACCAAACGACCCUCGGAGGCCAUUCCUCUUCAGGAACGAAGACGAACGACCGGCGACUCCCGUCGGUCCUUCGACUCGUGGUGGCGCUGGCCAGGAAGAUGGCGCGUAUGCCAUCCAGGCGGAUAACGGAAAAAUCCAGUCUGUUGACUUUCGUCCGGGCGGCAGGCCCUUCCGGCCUGCGGGUCCGGGCAACCGUGUUGCGGGCAACCGGGACAACGUACCGAGGGGACCUUUCCGGCGGCCAGGAUUCGGAGCUACCCGUCGCGACGACCCAUUCAGACCCUACAAGCCUCCUCCUCUUGAGAGCGGCCACCGGGAGCCCGUCUUUGUGCCUCAAAGCUUUUCUGGACCAGGCAGCCCGACCACUUCAUUCGACGGCAGGGACCCACAGCGCAUCGAUGGUUUCAGGUCUCCGCAGCAGAACCCAGGCUUCGGCGGGCCGAACUCUCCUGGUGGUUUCUCUGGGAACUAUCCUUACCGAAACACAUUUUCUUCCGGUGGCCGGCAGCCUCCAACCGGAGAGCAAGACCGGUACGCUGGAAGGCCGCAACAGCCUUUCUCUCCAUUCGCAAACAGAAGGCCCGUGUCACCCGUACCCGCUGUAGCCAAUGUGGCCAACUUCCCGAACCCCCGAAACCAUUUCGCUAAUCGGCUGUUUGAUCGCACUCCUGCCGGAACCCUGGGUCGACCGGUUGGACAUCCUCCCGGACUUAACCCUCCGUCUUUAGUUAGCAUGGAAGUCAUCCGUUACGGCCCACAGGGUCCGCAAGUUCACCAUUUCAACGGCAGUGCAUUGCCUGGCUCGUUCGUACCCCCAGAAAACCGGCAGUUUGGUGACCCGUUUAAACCGACGGGAGUUCCCGGCAGCCCUCAGAGAAUACCGUUUCUGGCUAACAGGCGUGUACCUCGACCUCCGUCGCCAACCAGAGGUAACGCGAACCGUGUCUUGUACAGCGAAGCGCCCCAGCAGGCGACUUUUCCGAGAAGACUAGGUGAACCAAAAGGCAAUGAAGAAGACUUUGGUGGUGCUUUCGAGGGUUUGAUCAGAGACGAGCGUCCAGACCUCUUGGAGCUCAAGCGACAGCAGAAGCCGUCUGGUUCUGCAUCAUCGCAGCCUGGGGGCAACCUUGACUUCCUGGACGAUCUGUUGCCGUUUUACGAGAAAGAUUUAGACAUUGGAAAUAAGGCGAAUAACGCCGCAAAUGGAGGAGACAGAAAGCCCAUAAUCCACCAGCCGAUAGUGCCGGAGCAUCGCGAUUUGCUUUGUGAUGACGACGACCCAAGAUUCUCGGACCCAAGACAACCUUCUCCUGACGGCCUUGUGAGAAGACCCGAAUGUAUAAAGACGCGUAAACAGGAAGGUGGUAGUUCCAGUGAAGGAGCGGAACCUGAUGGAAAAAAAGUUGAAGCGCCAGUCAACGCUGAUGAAGAAUUUUUGAAUUACAGGAAUCCGUUCUCCGGAGUUCUCCCUUCUCCUGACCGUGGCGUGCCAGAAAAGGUUGACAAGGACAGCAAGGAAUUCCAACGUCCAUUCCUAGAUAAGGACAAGAAAGUGGUUCCGGUCCUGAUUGAUCAAAAUCUACCUGCCACAGGCGUACUGGAUGGAACCAUUGCAGUCAACAGAAACGGACUUGGUCCUAGUACUGGUGCAUCUGACAUUCCGGAUAGGUCUCCUCCCGAACUCGGUGCUGGGAGCCCCGUUGAAGGAAGGCGAGCAUUUGGCAACAACGGAGUCUUUCGAACGAACUUUGGACCGUUUCCCGGUUCUUCCAAUGAGCAAUUCGGUCCUCGUGGGCCCGGUCCAGCGCAAGGCUUUGGCGGGCCAAGCACCGGAAAAGCUAGCCCGUUUGCCCCGCGACCUCAAGACGGAAACUUCCUAAGGUCGCCAAGUGGUCCGAACCGCGGCAUAAACGAUCUGAGAAAUGCUCAAGACCCUUUCAAUGGAAACUUCCAACCCUUUGGACAACAACCUUUCCAGCCAACACUGCCGCAGCAAACACUACGAUUUGGACAAAGAUUGAGCGGUGUGAGAAAUCCAAAUUCACUUGUUCCUUCUCAACGACCACCGAGAGUACAAACUCGGGUACAGCAGCAGCCAGAAAGCCGGAUUUUCUUCCCCCCGCCACCACUUCACCGAAAAGCCGUACUUUCUGCUCCAGAUGGUCCAGACAGCCCCGGGAGCUCGUUUAAUGGUCAGGUGCCCUUUAAUUCCCCUCAAAGUCAAGGCGGGUCUCGGUUAGGACAGCCAACAGUCGGAUUCGUCCAACCCCGUGCUGGAGGACUGGGACAUGUCGGAGCACCACAAUUCGGUUUCGUCGACUCGAGGCGGUUUCAACCAGGGGUAGGAACACAGCCUGGGAGAGACGUCGUCUCGGGAAGGGAAGACGCGGGCCCUGACGUGGAUACUAAGCCGCAGUUUGUAAACGAUGACAGUCCACCGCCAGCCUCGUUCAGCUUUUCAGAUGCUAAGAAGUCGCCCCUAGUUCCUAGUCGCCCGCCCCUGAGCGCCGGAAGAAGAAAGACGUUCAAGGGUUCAUCCGACGACACAGGCAAGAGAGGACAAGAACAAGUUGCGCCGGAAACGCCUGUGAGUGCACCAGGACCGGAUACCGCUAACCUAUUACGAAAACCGCUUCUCGAGGGCAAUGCACGCCUCACCGAGGAACUGGACAGGAGAGCACCGAAUGCCGUGCCAGGUCCUUUCAAUUUCGUAGACACGCGUAGGCCAUUGGACAUUGCUCGGCAAAGGGUCGUCCAGCGUAGGCCACAACCUUUCGAUUCAGUGCGUCAGCCCGGUGGCCGACCUGCGCGAGUGGAAGGACUGGCUCUGCAAGGCGUUCCUGUAGACGGAAGCUUAGAUAGUGGCCGGCAAGGCGGUUUCAGCGGGGCGCCGGAAGAUCCAACGAGACAGCUUUUGCCGACGAGCAGGCCGACUGGUGCUGUAGCCGGAGCUGUGGAAGGCCCAGCACUCUUGAUCCCUCAAAGGGGACCUGUGCGUCAGCCAGUUCGGACGCCCCAGCCCAUUCUUCUAAAUGUAGAGAGGGUACCGCUUGGAGGAACUGCGGUCGCUGACGACUUGAUAUCUGACAAGAGCCCACAAGAUAUCCAGGCUUUUGCGCAAGGUCAGAAACUCGGCCAAGACAUCUCCAGUCAAGAGUUGCUGCGCCGAGGGGUGAAUUCGGCGGGAGCCAGUGAUGAUGGAGGCCGAGAAGAGGAUGGUGAGCAGCAGCGGGUGAACCCGUACUCGUUCGGCUACUCUUCGUACGAUGGCCUUGGCAGCAAAAUGUCGCGGCACGAGACCAAAGACGACACGGGACGCGUCACCGGCUACUACAUCGUGGAGGACGUGGACGGCCGAAAGCGCACCGUGCACUACGUGGCCGACAAGGAUGGCUUCCGGGCAACCGUGCACACGAACGAGCAGGGCACUGACAACCAGGACCCCGCGAACGUCAAGAUGCGCGUAGAAAACAGGAUGCCCCACCCUCCGCCAACUCCGCGGACUCCGUCGCCAGAGAAGACGUCGCCGUCGCCAACGCUAGGCGACGAUGUAGACGUUCCGGUUCUGGACGCUGUCGACCAAAGUGUGAAGAAGAGCUAAUGGUCGCUCGCCCCUACCUGGCAUUUGAAGUCCACGCAAUUCGUAUGACCCCUUGUUCGCGAGACUACUCUCGUCUUUGCAUACAAGUGCACAGCUGCCAACGCAGUUCUGAGACAGGCGUGUUUUCUUUUAGCUGGCUUAAGGGCCAACGCGACGUCUUGGGACAAUGCAAGGGCGUCCGUAAGGAGACAUGUGUUUGCUUAAUGUAAAGACAUGCACCUCGUUCGCCUUCAGCGCAAAGUAUCAUCGACACAUGUUUCCCGUGCACUUAAACGGCGUAAAUUGUAGCUUUCAAGCGUGUUAUCGCUUGCAAAGGCAGCGCAAAUAGAAAACAAAACCAUCUCUUGUUUGUUAAGACCUGUUAUACUAUUCGCGUAGGCAUGAAAUGCAUCGUGACGUCCAAUCUACAUGAAUGUGUCUUUGUCACAGGGGAUGAAGGCGUGAUUUGUAGUUGCAAGAAUAUAUGUGAUACGCAGCUAUACGUACGCGAAUAUUACGGGAGAAGACAUAUUUACUGGUUAGUGUUGCGGAAGAGUAAACGGGCGUGUACUUGUGAGAACCAGCUGACAUACCGCUCGAAAAAACAAACUCUUGAUACAAGAAGUCUUCCACUUGCGCCUCUCAAGUGCUAUCAGACAAGCGAUAGUAAGACUAGAGGAGGUGGUAACGUUUACAGUUGUUAAAUAUGUAAUAUUUGUUUGAAGGUCAGCGUAAUCGAUCAUAAUAAACACGGUUGCUCACUGCCACUCGUCAUCAACAGCUUUAGGGAUCUUGCGUAGUGUUUUCACCAGAACGUCUUUGAGGGCUAGAAAUGUUACUGAGCACUUCACUCGUGAUGCUGUCGCACAACAGGCGCGCGAAAGUUUUCGAGUCGUCAAGACGAGAGUGCUUAGCACGUUUCAAAUCUUUGGAUCACUGCUGUUAUAAUAACGCAGGUUUGGGGGUUUGGGAGCGUACGACAAAGUUUUUGGGGAAGCGUUUGUAGCUUUUUUUCUUAGUUUUAAUGUUGUUUCAACAUUUUAAUGUUUUUUCUUAGUUUUAAUGUAAUUUCAACACCGUUUGCACGUUUUUGCGUUUUACAGGCCACAAAACACAAAACUUAAAUAAAAUUAUCGCGGGUCAGCUUUUUCAGGGCAUUCACUUCUUUCUGGGUUCAUUGACACGCGCAUUUGCUGGAUGAAACGACCGCAGUGGUCUUGAGGCUAUUUCGUUGCAACUCAAGCCAUUUUAAGUUGCUACUAGGCUCUAAAGUGCGUUGGACUGCUUACAAUUAAUGUCUAGUACUAUGCACCGGAAUGACUUAAAUAUCACUGCGUGCGUGAUAUGGCGAAGAUGUUAUCGCGGCGUUUGACAUCUUUUAUUGUAUGUAUGUGUGUAUGUGUGUGAAACAGUCAUAACGCUUUUACAAUUGAUCUUAGUAAUUACUCAUUCAGACAUGGGAUAAGCAGUAUUAGGCCUAAUAACUGCAAAUAGAUGUAAACACUGUCAUAUUUCAUGCUAAUGUCAUGCCUUCUCGCAAGCCUUUCCGAGUCAUAGUUCGCGUACGCCGUCUGGCUUUUGCUCAUCGCUGUAUUUAUAGACCUAUGCGAAUGGCACCUGGAUUCCAUUGCUUCAGUCGCUUUCAAACAAAUUUUCGACUCACAAAUUUUUAAUUUAUAUGUACGUGCCUACAUAUUUUAGCACUACAUUGGCAAAUUUAUGUAUAGUCAUUCAUCAGUGGCAUUCAAGGCUGUCUCAUGGGCGCUGAGAUUGAAGAAAUGAGCUUAUUGCUUUAUUUAAGCCAUUAUUGCAGGGCCUUUUUGUCAUCACGGAAUUCUGCAAUCUGAGCAACUGUUUUUUUUUUUACGAGUUUCACAUAAGCACGUUCUUUCACUGUGCCACAGAAUAAAAACAUUUUUGAACCAUA